CAGGGUUCUAGAAUUUCGGUGUCUCGAUUCACAUUAAACUGAAACUUAGAGCACAACCCAAAAGUCUUCAAAACUACUUCUUAUUGGUCAGCCUCACCACCACUAUCACCCCCACCGGUACCGCCGCCAACAUCAUCACCACCACGAUGGCACUCCUCCCCUCCCUCGCAGUAACCUUAGUAGGCCUCCUCCACGUCUACAUCCUCGUCCUGGAGAUGUUCCUCUGGACCACUCCGCGCGGCCGCAAAGCCUUCGGCCUCACCGCCGACUUCGCCAGCAAGACCAAAGCCCUUGCUGCCAACCAGGGUCUGUAUAAUGGCUUCCUGUCCGCGGGGCUCAUGUGGGGGCUCUUGCACCCUGUUCCGGAAUUCGGGAAGCAGAUUGAGUUGUUCUUCUUGACGUUGGUUGUUGUGGCGGGGCGUGCCGGCUGGUAUUGCUAUUUCAGCGGUGUAUUUUGGGUAGAUGGAUUUAUGGGAGCAAGACUUGGUGGUAUGGAUGAGUAGAGAUUGAAGAGGUGGUUGUAAGACUAAAUCUUUAGAUUAAGAAUAAGUAUGUAGGAGGGCAAUAACGGGUUGUAUCCAUUGGCAUGUUUCGAGCCAGGUCUUGAACUUGAAGAUAAAGAAUAUAGAUAUUGGCGUACGAAAAUUGCAAUGAGUUCGAGGGCAUUCGUGAGUUACUAGAAGAA